UAUGCAUGAAAACAGCGCAAAUAAAAGAGUACCAACUGUGAAAUAUAUAUCGUGGUUAUUAAAAGGGAAACUAGUUUUAUCUCGAAAAUAAAUGAAUUGGAAGAAACUUUAGUGUUUCAAAAUAAAAUACGAGCGGUUUCCACAAAGUGCGUUCGUGAUAGUGUUGUUGUUGUUGUUGUUUAUGUUAUUUGCCAAAUUACAUAAUUUCUUUUCUCUCGUUGUAAAAGAUUGAUACAGGCAUUGUUGUAAUGACUUUGUCGGAACGUUGAAAAUACCAUUGCGACCGGAAUAUUUCCAUUUUUUUAAGAACAAUUGGCGUCAGCCACAUCUUACUGGGAUGUCCGACGGCGAGUCAAAUGAACCAGAGUGUAUCCCAGUAGUAGUGAAGGUAAUGUUUUUGAGGGCUGUCAUGAUCCUGCAUAUCAUUCUGUCGACAUGGAGGGUUGUCAUUGUAAUGCAAAAUAGCGCAUACUGGGUUCUGGUACUUCUGUGCGUCUUUGUUCUUAUAGAAGAUGGUUUUGAAAUACUCAAGUACUAUGUGAAGACGUCAAAAUGUAACGGACCUAGCAAAAAGAAUAAAAGAGCUAAAUCAACAGUUGGAAAUAAUUACACAACGUCGAAACCGAAAUGGCGUUCUGCACUUAUUGUCUAUCUUGUGUGUAUGGUGCCCAUAGUUUGGCUACUUACGUUUCAUCUGCAAAGCUCAACAUCCACAACAACAUCAUCAGGACAAACUAACACUACAGUCACCACUACCACACAGACUAGUAUUAUUUUGGGGAUUCAAAAUCUAGAAGACAAGACAUGGAUUUUGGUAGUUAUACAAAGUACGAUGUACAUUCUUCUUGUUACCCGUUGUAUUUAUGAUGGAACGUCAGAUGACUGCAAACUUUCAGAAAAUCUAAGUGGAUUUCUCGGAACUGCUUCAGAUAUCAUGGACCUGUUUUCUUUGUUCGACGAAGAUGACAUUCUACAAAACCAGCCAUUAACGGUCCUUAUACUUUUGGCUUGGACAUUGAGCUUCAUUCAGUUUGCACCAAUACUAGAAAAUUGGGAAAAUCUUGUCGAGAUAGACAAUACCUACAAUUUGAUGUCUAUAUGCUUACAGGAUGGCCCAUUUCUUAUUUUACGUGUUUCUAUUAUGGUCAGUUUGACGAAGGCGAAAUCCAGUUUGGUCUUCUUUGUUAUCAAAAAUAUCGUUACUCUUAUUCUCGUCGCAUACAAAAUGAUGGCUCAAGCAGAGAAGCCUCAACAACCAUCGAAAAACAAUGUAUAUAUUAUAGCUGCAAGUAAAGUGAGGCGCUAGCUGAGUGGAAUGAAAAUCUGCAAAAAUCGAAUACAAGAUUCAUUAUCAAAAUAAAUCAGUAGAAACCCUUUUAUUUUAAGCAUAACUGGUUAAAAAAAGCAUUGUUAAAUAAAAAAAGUGUUUUUUUCUGACGUCAUUUCAACAACGAGCAAUUCAACUUAUGACUUAUGAGCGAAGUGAAAUACAGCCGUAUUGAAUUAGGUGGAAUAUGGAUUAGAGUACUUUGUCCUCUUGCAGGAUCCUGAUGCGCAUACACAUGUAUUAUAAAAUAUAUUAUGAUUUACAUUCUUAUCGUUGGAAGACUGCAAACAUCUGAUAAUAAUAAUCUGUAUGCAUUACUCGAUGAAAUUGAUAUUCAAAGUAUUUACCCAACAACAGUCAUAAUACUUAUCUUUUUUACACUCAGCUUCAUUCCGUUUGCACCAGUUCUCGACAAGUAACAUACUUCUGAAAGAAAGCUUCAGCAAGCCCUGAAAGCAAGAAACCACACGCUCUGAAAGCAGGUUCUGAACAACCGAAAACUCGUAUAGCAUCUGUAAGCAAAUGACAGCAAGUUCUGGAAGAAAGCAGCUGUUUGUGCAGAAAGCAAGCAUCAGCAUGUGAAUCAAGGAAAGGGACAGCGUAAAGUAAGUCCGGAAGAUACUUUAAUUAAAGGAAGCAGUGUCAAUGAAACAGCAACUUUUAAAGAGAAAACAUGACUAACUGCCGUCCAGAAAAAUGCACAAAGACUUGACUGAUUUGUUGAUUCAAAAAAAGCGUCUAUGAUGGACAAGUUAAAGAAAGUGGAAAAGUUAUAAAGUGUGAUAUACUUUUAUUUUUAGUUUUAAAGGUUAAUGUGCAACUAUGAGACGACUGACACUUCAUAUGACGUGAGUGCGUGCGUACGUGCGUCCAUGUAUGUGUGUGUGUGUGUGUGUGUGUGUGUGUGCGUGUGUGUGUGUGUGUGUGUGUGCUCGUUUGUGUCUGCGUGUGCGUGUGUGUGUUGUCUGUGUAUGUGUGUGUGUGUGUGCUCGUGUGUGUCCGCGUGUGCGUGUGUGUGUGUUGUCUGUGUAUGUGUGUGUGUGCUCGUGUGUGUCCGUGUGUGCGAGUGUUCGUGUGUGUGUGGGGGGGGGUCUGUGUAUGUGUGCGUGCGUGCGUGCGCACGUGCGUGUGUGUGCGCGUGUGUGUAUGUGUUUGAGUGUGUUGAAAUGACUUUGAGAGGAACCUGUUCAAGUCUUAAUCUGUAGAAUGCAACACAUAUAUUUGAUGUAAGUGAUGAGUUUGUUUGAAGUGAAAUAAAAACGAACCUUAUAUAACUCCAUCUUAUGUUUCAAAACUCUUAUUCGUUAUCGUAUCAUUUGUAUUUGUAUUUCAUACCGGGUGAAUUUCCGUCAAGUACCGGAAAUGAACAGCUAUGGAGGGUAAAAUACAACGAUAUG